CCGACCGUCACAGACGACGGACCUGUGUCGGUCCUUGCUCUUAAACUAUCGAAUAAUACAUCAGUUAAACAAUUCAAAGUGUUCAAAGAUUCGAAAUUUGAAUCGAAACUAAGUUUUACUCUUUAAAUAGUGAUGGAAAGUGUUGUGGACGAUCGUACGAGCCUGGAUUGCGUACGAUGACCGAAACUUUAAGUUGGAUUGAAAAAAAAAGUUGUCCGAAUGCACUCGGUGUUACAAAAAAUGUGUGGUGGUAACAUAGUGAUGGCCUGAUGGGAUCGUUGUGCGGCCAAAAUUGUGUAGAUAGUGAUGUGUACUGUGAUAUGAAAUAUCGGCGAUUUAGAUGAUUGCCGUGUUCCCGUGUGAUAUAUUUAGUUUAUUAGUUACCAAAGAUUCCUGAUGAUCUUGUACAUUAGUUUGUGUUUCAUAUUGGUAGUUUUAGCGGAUCCGUUGCCCGGGAAGCACGUGCCACUAGAGAGCUAUGAGAGCGAAUUGGAGAGAGAGCACGCGUUACCCACGUCCGUGCCGAACGCGGACAUCCUCAAAACUAACAGCAAUCCAACGUACCACAAGCCUAGACCGCCAGCGCACCAUGGUGCGUCGAUCCUCGCGGGGUUGGGAGCGGGGGGCGCGGUCCCCUCAUACGCGCCCCCCGGGCGUGCCUUCUUCACCCCCCCGCUGCCUCCCGAGUAUAGAAACCCGUUUGCUGACAAGCCUACGCUCCGAGGCACGAAUACAGACGGGAAUAACUAUCUCAACCGACGGCCGAUCCCGCCGCCUUCACUUGGACCAGGUCACGAGCGCAUUCCCAUCCGGCCUCCUGGACAGGAGACUUCCUCACCUCAGGUGCCGGCUCCGCCUCCUGCGCCCCCGCAGCCGCCUCCUGGCGUCGAGCCUCAGAAGAAAAAGGCUCUUAACACACCCAGUCAUAAGCCUGAUGAAUUAGACACAGACACGAAGCAAGGCACCGACCAGGCGAACUUCACUGAUUUCGUGCCGAACUCCCUUAACAUCCCCACCAUAUCGCGGAUCCUCUCCGGCUCCAACGGGAGGAAAGAGGACAUCCCCGACGUCCUCCUCCGGACCGUCACUGCCAAACCUCAACACAACCCUGAAAAGACUUCCAAGAGUGACAUUUACGUCACCAAAGACGCAGGAGUCACCCUAAGUGACGCCAACAGAGACUUAUCGACAGAAGGAUCGGUUCUCGCAGUGUUAGACCCGGAAAUGAACAAUUUAGAUAGGCCUCUUAUUAUAGACAACAGUGAAACGAAUACUAGGAGAAAUCUCCAGUAUUCCACAAAAGCAAACGAGAGUAAGAAGGAAGAUUACAGUCCAGCCACGACGAUAGGUUUCGAGUUACGUGACCCGGAAAUGUCAACAGAGAGAUAUCACAAUCUGCCUCGUAAUUCUGAUGCUGAAAAGAAAAAACAGGAUCCAAAGAGUAACGGGCCUGUUCAAAGACCGGGGUUAACCUGGCCUUUCGCGUGGAACGUCCACAUUUAUCUAGCUACAGUAAUGUUUACUAUAUUAGCCGUAUACUCUAUAUUCAAAAUCAUAUGCUAUAACAAAUUCACGCAUCUAUUCACGCAAUAUUACUUCAUUAUAUUACAUUUAAUACUAGUUUUUGUAUGUCUAAUGAGAAUAUUUUAUAUGUGCUACGAUCCUUAUAAUAUCAAUAAUUCCCUGCCAGUAUUUUUAAGCGAAAUAUUGUUGCACGUCCCUGAAAUAUUCCUUAGUAUAGCGUUCGCUUGUACUAUACUGUUUUUGUUGACUAACAGUAUAAAUUUCAAGAACACGUGUUGUUCUUUCUUGUUCCGUUCAAGAACUGUCAUUGUUGGAGGUGGUUUGCAUCUCCUCUCUUGUCUAACGUUGCAUAUCUUCGAAAAUAGUAAUACAAUAUAUAGGACUCCGCUAGGAGUAGAAAAAAGGGUACUAGGGCUAACAUGUCAAAUUAUAUUUAUUAUAGCCUGCCUCACAUUAGGCCUGUGCUACCUUUAUGUAUAUAGAAUGCUCAAAUCUGUCCUUCAAAAGAAAAGCCACACCUAUAUUCACGGCUUCCAAAACUUGUAUCAAGCUAUACAUAUAAAUUUAGCCACGGCGUUGUUGUUUGUUCUCAUGGCAACUUUGCAGAUCUACGGGAUUGUUGGCAUCAACCAGGUAAACAUGACAAAGUUUAACUGGUUGCAAUGGGGAUAUCAAUUCUCUCUCCGUCUGAUUGAAAUCAGUAUUGUAGCCCUUAUAUCUUGGGUUAUAAGUUUGAAAGUCGGCAUCGUGUCUCUUCAGCACGAGAAAGCUGAUGGACAUAAGAUACCAGGCUUAGGAUUAUUCCCUUGCACUGCUGGUUCAAGCAACGAACAAUUCGAAAAUGACUAUCCUGCCAUAUGCAGUACUAACACAAAUCUUCAUACUUACACUUUAAGAACUGGUAAACCAAUUUACGAAAGCACUGGACAUCACCCGAAUAUGCCUAAUGAAUGUUGCGGAGGUCCUGUUAUAGACCACCAAAGAUUCCAACUGAACACUCUUGCCGCAAACUGCGACAACAAUUCGGGGACCGAGAACUAUUCCGGUCACAGUUCCAUCGCAAACGCAUGCCAUAGCAGCUCGACCGAAUCAAGUAACGCGGCCUCAAGCCAGACCAAUCAUUUAAUUAAACAUCACCCUAACAUGGCUGGGUAUAACGGCAUUGAAUCGGCGUCUGACGACCACUAUUCCAACUGUGAUCCUGCUAUACAAUCCCUACAAGGAGAAGAUCCUUUAGAUCACGAAUACAACGUCAUACAAUACGGCAGUAAUAGCGACUUCAUUCGAGACAUCAAGAAUCAGAAUUACAACGCUGGUUCGAAUCGUAGCUCGCACAAUUUUAAACAUAUGUCGUAUGAUAGAGUGUCUUCUAGAACUAAUAGCAACCCUAGGAAGAAGCACAGAGCCAAGAAUAAGAACGUACAGAACUGUAUGACGAUGGGUUAUGAUUCCAUGGGCCAUCAUUACCACCAACCUCAUCUCCCUGAUGAAUAUGGUAAUUAUAACACAGAGAAUGCAUCAUACCACGCUUCGGGAAUUCAAACUCUGAACCCAAAUAGGAGUUACGGAGAUCAGAUAAGGAAUUCUCAACGCAGGAAUUCUCCUUCCACUUCAAUGGUCAAUUCCAGUGGCAGUCAAAAACGAGGUAAGAAUAAUAGUUUCCCCGAUAGACCAAAAUCAACCGAUCUAUACGGAUUUACUGAAGAUCCUAACGAGAGAAAUUAUCCUUGUGCUUUGGGGAAUGCCCCACAGCCUGCACCAAGGAACUGUGGUUACGAAGCGUCGUACGCGCAACCGCAGGAUGAGGUUAACCCUAGCGAAAGUGAAGGGAAUAGCAUGCUUGUAGCCCAAGAUGGCUUCGUCAGAUUUAGGCCUUUGGAAGAUGGCCCAUCCACUUGAUUUACUAUAAAACUGCCGUGCGCAGAGAACCUUAGCUUUUGAUAAAAUGUCAUGAUUAUAAGGCAUUUGAGGUCCUAUCAUGGAAUCCGCUUCUCAUCGUGUAAAGUUACUGUGUACAGUUAGGUUUAAAUUUUAUUUAUAAGUAAGAAUAACGGCCUCGUGUAAAUAGCAUAUUUUUUUAAGUUUAAAAAAGGCAUUUUGUAAAAAAAGUGCAUACGAUUUAUGCCAUUGAUUUUUGGGAAUGCAACGUUAAUAUCAUGUCUAUGUUAAGGUAAAUGUUGAGUAUUGUCUAAAAAUGUUUACUUAUUAAAAAUACCGGAAGUCUAACUGAUAACUAUCAAAGAAAGAUGUUCGAAAGCGGUGUAUUAACUUGGGUGGUUUAUUGUGCUCAUUGUUUAAAACGACAUUUAGUUUGCGAAUUUUGUGAUUUUUUUCAAAUUCUCGUACUAUUUUAGAAGUACUGUCUAUUUUCGUACGUAUUGCUAAAAGUUUUUAACAAUAUCUAUGAAUUCCAUAAGCCUAUAAAUUGUUAAUUCGUUCAUUACUGUCUGUACUAAGAAACUACAUUGUCUCAGUAGGAAUGGAGGAGUCCACAGAAUGGAGUAGUCCCCAAUGUUUUUACCGAUACGUAAAAUAUAUUUCUAUGCGAGAGUUAUAAAUGUGACAUUGAAGGAUUUUUAACUUUUGUCGUUACAAAGGUAUCAUUGCGAAUUUCAUUGCCAUUUUACAUAUAGAUAAGAUUUAAGGGUUGAUUUUUUUAUUUGAAUAUUAUUUAAAUUUUUCAUAUUUUUUGAAAUAUGAAAAAUUUUAAUCUACCUUUUUUAACAACAAUUAAUACGAAUA